AUGCUCUUCCACUGCCACUACUUCGCCGUCUUCGGCGGCGGACCUGACCCGUUCUGCCCGCCCAACAAGGUCAUAUCUACAACGAUCGCUAGUCCCGCUGCGUCAACGAGCUCUUGUUCCGGUCCGAGGUCAAGUCGAUCAGGCUCCGCCGCGACUGCAUCGUCAUCGGACUGUGUUCCGCCCGACGCCAAGCCUCUAAUUGACGACUUCUCCCUCACCCUCAACGUCGGCGACCGAUGCCUCCUCGUUGGAUCCAACGGCGCCGGCAAAACCAUGAUCCUCAGGAUUCUCGGAGGCAAGCACAUGGUCGACCCCAGCAUGGUCCGGGUUCUGGGUCGCUCGGCUUUCCACGACACCGCUCUCACCGGCUUCGGCGACCUGUCGUACCUAGGUGGAGAGUGGCGGCGUGACGUGGCGUUUGCUGGUUUCGACGUUCCGAUAAAGAUGGAUGUUUGGGCUGAUAAAUUGAUCAACGGGGUGGCUGGGAUUGACCCACAAAGGAGAGCUGAUCUGAUCAAGGUGUUGGAUAUUGAUCUUUCAUGGAGGUUGCAUAUUCAUCUCGGUUAUGUAAUUUUCAUUUUUGGACAUUGACGAAAUGUGUGUGAAUGAAUUUAGGUGCUUUCGCUUGAUGAGAUCACGGUGGACCUUGAUGUGCUAGCGAGGGCGGACCUGCUCCAGUUCUUGAGGAAGGAAUGUGAGGAGCGAGGUGCUAUGUUCGUUUCUCAAGCCCCAAAUUGGAGAGAGAGAGUCUGAGACUCGGAUCGGAGGGAGGGAGAGAGAGAGAGAGA